UGCAAAAAUAUAUAAACAUACAAACAAUCUCAUCCUCUCAAUGAAGAGAAAACAAUUGGGUGCAACGAACAUUCCGAACUUCAGAACGCAUUCUCGGUAACCGCACCAGUUUCCAAAGGAACGCCGAGUACACCCAUCCCAGGUGACAGUCUCACCCAUCCCAGGUGCUUUAUGAAACGGGUUCUUUAUUUACCUAUUCAUCACGCUGGGACACGCGCGUGUUCAUGUUUCCCGCUUUACCUGCCAGUACCAUUCAGCUAACACAUGACCUGUUUUAGAUAAAGAGACGGGAUAUUAAAAUAAACAGAGUUAUUAAAGCGCCGAGGCAAUGUAGAUAGGCGCUCUCUUGGAGACUAAAAACGCCAGGCAUACAGGAUUUGCGUCAGUCGGAGACAACCGUUCUCGGAGUACAGUUGUAAUGCUCUUUCUGGCUUGAAUCAUCUUUGCUAACAUAUUAACGCAUGGCGCAGGAUGGAACAUGCACCUGAAUCUUUUUUAGUAGAUAAGUGCUGUUCUAAGGAUCACCUUCUCACAGCGAAAUGGACGGGGAUAACUUCACAUUAUGUCCCGUAUCAGAGGCUUAUAAAAGGAUCACGUUUCCCCUGGCGUACGGCCUGGUGUUUGUGUUUGGGCUGACGCUCAACGGGACGGUGCUGUGGUUUGUGUGCGGCAGAACCAAGACGUGGAGCUGCUCGGUGAUCUUCCUGGCGAACCUGAGCGUGGCGGACCUGCUGUACGUGCUGCCGCUGCCGCUGCUGGCCGCGAGCUACGCCAUGGGCGACACCUGGCCGUUCGGCAACGCCGCCUGCAAGGCCGCGCACUUCCUGUUCUCGCUGAACCUGGGGGGCAGCGUGACGUUCCUCGCCUGCAUCAGCGUGCACCGCUUCCUGUGCGCUCGCCACCCCGCCGCCGCCACGCGCUGCCGCGCCCGCCGGGCCGCCACCCUCACCUGCGCCGCCGUCUGGCUGCUGGUCGCCGUGGAGACCGCGCCCACGGCGAUCUUCGCGCACUCCGGCUUCAUAAACAACACGACGGUGUGCUUCGACAUGACCGGCCCGGCGGGAUUUAGCCGCUACCUGCCCUACGGCCUGUUCGUCACGGCGGUGGGGUUCCUGCUGCCCUUACUGGUCAUGGUCACAUGCUACUGCCUCACCGCGCGGACGCUGUGCCAGGCCGGGGGGGGCGUGGGGGGGGGCGCAGGGCAGAGCGCGAAGGCCAUGCGCUCCAUCCUGGCGCUCUGUCUGCUCGGCACGCUCUGCUUCCUGCCCUACCACGCCAUGCGGGUGGCGUACCUGCUGGUGCGCGUCCACCAGCCCGCCAACUGCAGGCUGCUCAGCCUGGUGAUGCUCUGCUACAAGAUCUGGAGGCCCGUGGUCAGCCUGAACUGCUGCGUGAACCCGGCGCUGUACUGGUCCUGCUCCAGCCGCCAGCGCCGGAGGCUCCUCGCCCGGCUGCGCAGCCGGAGGGUCCGCCCGGCCGCCCGCGCCGCGCGCCCGCAAGGCAUUAUGGGAAAGGAGAACGGCCCGACGGAGCUGCCGGGACACCACCGGGGUGCGCUUUCCCAGAAUGCACCAGGCGAGAAGCCUGAACGAGGCAGCGAAGGCAAGCCGGAGCCAGACGGACACGCCCGCUGA